UGUGUUACGGUGCCUUUAUUUUUUCUUUUGUUAUAUUGGUAACAUUGUUGGGAAAGAUGGUUGACGGUGGUACACUUUUCUGACAAAAUUUUGGAAAAAAUAAUCUUUUUGUUAUUCUAGAAGUUCUAAACAUAGUUUUUUUGCCGUCGUAUGUAACUGUAAGUAGGCGGUUACAUUGAGACGUGACAAUGGUUAAGAAAAAGAGACAGAGCGAUCCUGGUGAGAACGGCGACGAAUCUACUGAAUCUUGUGAUGAGAACGUGAAGUCCGCAUGUCCUCAUGUAGCUAAAGCUGUUGAUCUCACUCAGCUGAAGAAGGCGCUAAAGACGGGAGGUUUCCUGAAGGAAUGCUCUGAAUGUAAGAAGUCCUUAAAGAACGAGGUCUCUGACCCCGACUAUGAGGAAGAUCUUUCGCUAUGGAUGUGUUUGCGCUGUGGCAGUCAGCUGUGUGGCCGGACACGUAACAAACACGCUCUAAACCACUUCAAGACCCCUCGCUCCGACUGCCAUGCACUCACAGCCAACACAACAACUUGGGACAUAUACUGUUACAACUGUAACAAUGAAGUUACAGCUUCAAGUGCUAAAAAACUUCAUGAAUGUGUUGAGUAUCUUAAGAAACAAGCAGUUACGGGUGGGAAUGCUAAAUCACUCCCAGCUAUUGAACUGCCUUAUGAUGAGGACUCCAAAACUGACUUACCAGCUGUAGAAACUAUAAUUAAGAUAGACCCAUUAUCAAAAGGGAAAGACAAAGUCAUGCACAGUCUACCAAGGGUAAGGGGAUUAACAAAUCUAGGAAACACUUGCUUCUUUAAUUCAGUAAUGCAGUGUCUUGUGCAGACACCUUACUUGUUGCAAGUUCUUCAAGAGAUGGCCAACCCUGGAGAGAGGUUUAUGUUACCCGGUGGCAAAUUAAAGCUGAAUGGUGAUGGUGAGGAGAGCAAGGAGGUUGACUUGCCGCCUAUAGCUGGCCAACUGGCUGAGUGGGGCACUCUAACUCGGACAUUGGCUGAGACUUUAAGUGAGCUGCAAGCAGGUGAAGGUGGAGUGUAUACGCCGAGGAAGUUGCUUUCGGCGUUAGUGAACAAACUGCCGCAGUUCGGCGGAGGCGAUCAGCACGAUGCGCACGAACUGCUCAGGCAUCUACUGGAGGCUGUGAGGUCAGAGGACCUGCGGCGUUACCAACUGGUGAUCCUGAACAGCCUCGGCAUGAGCUCCAAGGUCGAACCUUCGAAGGUCGACGGGGAGGUCAAGCAGAAGGUCAAGUUCUAUGGACAGCAGGCCUCUGAUACUAUGCUGAGACCAGAACAGGUGUUCCGCGGCUUCUUAGUGUCCACCUUGGAAUGCCAGGAGUGCCUGCACCAGUCUGACCGCGCGGAGUACUUCCUGGACCUGUCGCUCCCGGUGGCCGCCAGCCGCCCGCAGCCGCCCGCCGUGGUCCGCAGGAAAACGCCCAACGAAGAGAAUAUGUACAAUACGCAAGAGGAGAACAAACCUUCCAAACAUCAGUUGAAGAAGGAGCGGAUAGCAGCUCGCAAGGCUGCCAGAAAAAAUAAAGGUAAUUCGACGUCGAAAGACGAGCCUUCCGGCGACGCGAACGGCACGAAGACAGACGGAAAGUCGUCGUCGGAGCAGUCGGACGCGGACGUGGAGGACAACCUGGAGGAACUGCCGCGCCAGCCCGACACGCACACCGUGUCCGUGGGCACGCAGGCCAUCGCGCACACCGCCGCCAACUUCGCGGCCUACCACAUGGAGUCCGGCUACAACUCCGAGAAGGUCAUCAGCUCCGACUCCAUCCGCACCAGCCCCGUGGACCUGGACAAGGAGAAGGCCGACAACACGCCCGAGCACACCGACAAGGACAAGGUCGAGUUCGCGGACAGCUCCACCUCCACCACCGCGAUACCGCUGGAGUAUAAACCCCUCAUAUCGCUAGAGAACCUGUCCAACCCCGACUCGGGAGUGGCGAGCCCAGAGGCUACUAAACACAAUUCGACUGAAACCGUCGACAAUGUCGAUUCUCCCACUAACGGCAAGGAACUGGGCAGUCAUAGCUCCCUUUCAAGCGAAAUUAACCUGGACCUGUCGAGUCCGCAACACAAUAAAAUGUCUCCCGUCAAAACGGAGUUUGAAAGACCAGUGUCAAGAAUAUCUUUUGUACCGGAAUACACUAAUGAAGUCGUCUCACGGGGCAUCAGCGUUCAGGGAUGUCGAAGUCUGCUCGAACACAGUGGUGAGAGCAGUUAUGAGUCCUUACCGGAGAGUAAGACUUUGAACGAUUUGAAUAAUCAUUUGGAUAAGCUUAAUCUGUAUAUGGAUGAUUCCAAGACUAAGAAGCCAGCGUUGCCUUCCCCCGUGACUGUGGAAGCUCCUGUAGACCCCCCGCCGCCCGCGCCUAAACCUAAAGUUAAUAACAUAGAGGCUGAGAAGAGCCAGCGAGACUUCAUGCCCUACUCGCGGCAGAGUCCGCUCUCCCCUCGCUACGUCUGCGAUGAGGACGAGUGUAGUAUCCAGUCGUGUCUCAGCCAGUUCACCGCCCUAGAACUGCUCACGGGAAACAAUAAAGUAGGUUGUGAAACGUGCACGGAAAGAAUUAACGGUAAAGACGGCAAGACCGUGUACACGAACGCCACGAAGCGGUUCCUGGUGUCGAGUCCGCCGGCCAUCCUGAUCCUGCACCUGAAGCGGUUCCAGAUCGGGCCGCGCUGCAUGUUCCGCAAGAUGUCGAAGCACGUGGACUUCCCCACGGUGCUGGACCUGGCGCCCUUCUGCGCCAUGGACAAGGUGCGCAAGCUGGGCAACGUGGGCGGCGCGCAGACGGCGCUGCUGUACUCGCUGUACGGCGUGGUGGAGCACUCGGGCGGCAUGCACGGCGGGCACUACGUGGCCUACGUCAAGGUGCGCGCCGGCGUGCGGCCGGGCGAGCCGCGCUGGUGGUUCGUGCCGCCCGCCGGCGCGCCGCCCGCCGCGGGCGACGCCGCCUCCGACUCCGAGCUGUCGGGCUACGAGUCGGGCGAGGGCCCGCCGCCGCCCGCGCCGCCGCCGCCCGGCCGCUGGUACUACGUGUCCGACAGCAUGGUGUCCGAGGUCAGCGAGGAGAAGGUGCUGCGCGCGCAGGCCUACCUGCUGUUCUACGAGCGCAUCCUGUGAGCUGCGAACUGAAUACUUUACUUUGUUAAUGAAUUGUUUAUGUAUGAUAUUGUCUCGUCUCUUGUCGCUGGUUGUGAGACGCCUCCGCGCGGUCUGCCGCCACGGUUGUUUAGUUUACGCAUUGUCACAGUAUAAUCUUGUUACCAUGGGUGCUAAACAUAUAACCCGACCUAGAUGUAAGAUAAUAGCGGAACAUUGUUUUACAACCAGCGGUAUCUCGACACAUCCUAAGCUUGUUAUAACGAACCAAUAGUUUUAUAUGACGAACUUGAGAAUACACGUUACUGUCCACAGCCUAAUCUGUGCUCUCAUUAAAUUAUGAUUUUAAUAGCAUUUGAUUUUUUAAACUAUAGCUAUAGUAUAAAUCGUCACUUGUCCUAACGAUGCGAUGUAUUCGAAUCGAUUUUGUGGCGUAUUUUUCACAUAAAAUAUAGAUCAUAAUCACCGCGAAAGAUUACUUCGUAAAUGUAACGGAAUUGACAGUGCAUGCGAUACAAGGGCACUUUACAUUAUACGUCACAGUGGUGCAUAGUUUCUAAUAUGUCAAUGUAAUUGAUAAUUAUGUUACGUUGAUAAAAAACGAAUAUUUAAAUUCAUCUCAUUAAGAUUAAAUGUUUCACCCGAAUGUACGUAACUCGACGAUUGUUUUAAUGUAUUUAUUGUUUCUGAUUUACGCGAAUAUCACUUACUGAAAUGAGACUAUUCCGAUACUAUCACGGUUUAUUAUUUUAUGUUCCGGAACUUCGAACCUAUUACUUAAUAAACUAUCAUUCUUUAUUAUUUAUUAUUCGAUCUACGCAUCAAAAGUUCUUGGGUUUGUCUGACUGGCAAAAUAAAAACCGGGGUAGAAUAAUUUUCAUUUAACUAUUUAUUUCGAGUUCUUUAUUUCGUAUUUGCCGAUGUCGGGGGUACCACGCGCGAGUCAUAGUGUCUUGCGACUACUGAGGGUAGGUCAAAAUACCCGCCCUUACCUCGUCUCACUCCCAAAGGGAAUGUCUUCCAACUAGGUGUCAAAUGUACACACACAACAUUAAUAUCGGCUAGCAAAUGUUUUAACCGCAUUCGAUAAUCGCUUUUAACGAAUUAGAUAAGUUAUUUAUUAAACAAUGUGAAUUUUGGACUCCAUCAUCCUAGUUUUAAAGUGUUUCUUUUUUAAUAAAUUCAACAACAAUAUGUAUGGAUAAUCUCAUAAGAUGUAUAUUUUAACUUUUAUCCUUGCGAUUAUAUUUAAUGUUAUCCAAAUAAUCUUUUAAUUCAUGAAAUGUACUGAAUGGGGUGAUUGGUGAUUCUUUUAUCGAGUUUAUGAAUAAUUGGCUGAAAAUAGUGACUAGUUAUAGUAUAUGCGCACCCUAGUCGGUACAUUUGUAUAUAAUGGGAUAUAACAAUAUGCAAUUCUAGAUCUCUGUGUGAUCUCGCGUUUGUUGGAUCAUUCUAACCUCGAUUUAUACCACUUACGGUGCCAUUUUUACAUAAAAAUGGGAUCAAAUCCAACGCGGACGCGCCCCUAUACAUUAUUGUUCAGAAAUACAAUUAUCACUAUUUGUUAUGUUAACGACACUUAUUUUAAAGUGUUCAUGAAAAUUUCAACAAAAUGAGUUCAAUCAUUUGAUUAAAUUUGGGAGUAAGCAA